AGACCACCGCUUAGUGUGCAGCUACUGUUAGCUACUGGUCCCGCUGAUGUCUUCACAUGCCCGGUGGUCCACCAGAGACUGUUUAAAUAAAAUGUCCAGUAACCGGAGCCGGGAGGAGAAGCUCCGGACUCAGGGGGAUACGUCACUGCGGCGGAACCCGAAGCUCUGCCGUGUAGUUUCUCCGGAGUCUAAAUAAUGUCCGACAAUCUACAGCUUUAAUUUCUUAAAGAUAUAUUUUAACAAAGUCUCAGAUGAGAGUGACAAGAAAACUACAAGAAACAACAAGAAACAAACAAGAAACAACAGUAAACGGUUUAAAGUACAUCCGGGUUAGGUAGCGUGUACUUCCGGUUAGCUGAGGGUGAAGCGUUGUCUUUGGGGUGUCUUCAGAGGACUCGUGUCCAAUCUGUCCAUGUGUCCACUUCCUGCUUCACUCUGUCGCAGGUCAUGAUCAGAUCAGUGUUGCUGUGCAGGCUGACCCCCCACAUCCAGUCCUGUACCAGAGGAUCAUGUCUACUAGCAGGUCGGACACCUUGUGGCGUGCAGCUUCCUUCACCUGGUCACACCCCCCUCAUACCUAAAAUCACAGCUCUGGUCAGGUACUCUGACUUGUCCACACAGAAGUACACUAUGAUUUACACCCUGCCGUACAUUAAACAUCUUAGAGCCGUGUCCAGGCUCAAACUGCUCCAAACUGCAAUCACUGUGGUUAUCGUGCCCCCAGUGUUCUUCUUCUACAUCCAGGGAGAUGUGUCCUUCUUCCUUGUCAGCUACACAACGGGAAUAGCGCUGUUUGCUGGUGCCAUGCUGUACACCGCCAGUCACUUUUUCAGGAGGGUUGUGGGGAUGAUGUACCUGGACCCGUCUCAGACUACACUCAAAGUGUCCCACCUCACGUUCUGGGGCAGGCGCCAUGAUUUCUACAGCCCUGUGUCAGAUGUAAUGACCAUUGGGGACACGGGGGACUCAGCAAAAGAGACAAUAUUGAAACUAAAGAGAUACAGCAGUCCAGAGACAUUGUACUUCUCCACUCACUAUGGACGUGUGGUGGAUCAGUUGGGUUUUCAGAAGGUAUUUGGAAAUUUAAAAUGAUGCAGAAUUUUUUUUGUGUUUAGAUUUAGAUAAGAAUGAAAGUCAAUAUUUGUGAAUUAAUCAAUGGAUAUGAAUGCAAUAUUGUGAAAAUGAUAGGGGUCUGUUAAUAAAUGUUUUAUUCAAUG